AUGCCAUCAGUAGUAUUAGCUUGCAAUUCUUCUCUUCCGCCUCUCCACUCUCAUCGAAUCAGUGUCUCUCCCACUCCUAGACGGUUCUUGGGCCGCCGCGAGCUCUGCUUCGACAGCAUUUCCUCUGUCUGCUCCGAUGACUCCUCCUCCUCCGACGUUGCCUCCUCUCGUCCUACUUCCACUCAAAGGACUGGUUGUGAAGAUAGGAAGGGUUUGGGCGAAGUAAUACAGAAAUUCCUUCCUCACACAUCGCGUCGGGUGUUAUUUGCAAAUAUAUUCAUUUACUCGUGCUAUCAUCCUUCAAGGUACUUAUCAGCUUAUGCUUUAGGAGAUCCAUCUGUGACUGUUGAGGAAGUAACACCCCCUGUCUUUCCUUCUGGGAAACUUUUUCCUUCUGAGGAAAGAAUUGUCCAACUCUUUGAACAGAAUACUUAUUCUGUUGUCAACAUAUUUGAUGUAACUUUGCGUCCUCAACUCAAUGUCACGGGUUUCGUUGAGGUUCCUGAAGGAAAUGGCUCUGGAGUUGUCUGGGAUGGACUAGGGCACAUUGUGACAAAUUACCAUGGUAAGAGCUCAGGUGGAUAUGUAGCGCGCUUCGUAGAGAUUUCUUCAAUGCCAUCAGUAGUAGUAGCUUGCAAUUCUUCUCUUCCGCCUCUCCACUCUCAUCGAAUCAGUGUCUCUCCCACUCCUAGACGGUUCUUGGGCCGCCGCGAGCUCUGCUUCGACAGCAUUUCCUCUGUCUGCUCCGAUGACUCCUCCUCCUCCGACGUUGCCUCCUCUCGUCCUACUUCCACUCAAAGGACUGGUUGUGAAGAUAGGAAGGGUUUGGGCGAAGUAAUACAGAAAUUCCUUCCUCACACAUCGCGUCGGGUGUUAUUUGCAAAUAUAUUCAUUUACUCGUGCUAUCAUCCUUCAAGGUACUUAUCAGUAGUAUUAGCUUGCAAUUCUUCUCUUCCGCCUCUCCACUCUCAUCGAAUCAGUGUCUCUCCCACUCCUAGACGGUUCUUGGGCCGCCGCGAGCUCUGCUUCGACAGCAUUUCCUCUGUCUGCUCCGAUGACUCCUCCUCCUCCGACGUUGCCUCCUCUCGUCCUACUUCCACUCAAAGGACUGGUUGUGAAGAUAGGAAGGGUUUGGGCGAAGAAAGAAUUGUCCAACUCUUUGAACAGAAUACUUAUUCUGUUGUCAACAUAUUUGAUGUAACUUUGCGUCCUCAACUCAAUGUCACGGGUUUCGUUGAGGUUCCUGAAGGAAAUGGCUCUGGAGUUGUCUGGGAUGGACUAGGGCACAUUGUGACAAAUUACCAUGGUAAGAGCUCAGGUGGAUAUGUAGUAAUUGGUAAUUCCCUUUCAAGAAAUCCAAGCCGUGGGCAAGUUGUUGCACGAGUUAAUAUCCUUGCUUCGGAUGGAACUUUGGCUUUAGGAGUUGUGCGAGCUGGUUUAAAUGUUGAUAUUGCUCCAGACCUGAUUGCAAAUCAACUUAAUGUACGAAAUGGAGCUCUGAUUCUGCAGGUUCCUCUGAAUAGUCUGGCAGCCAAAGCUGGUCUUCUUCCCACUACGAGGGGCUUUGCUGGUAAUAUUGUACUAGGGGAUAUCGUCGUGGCAGUGGACAACAAACCUGUGGAAGCCUCUGAAGAUCUAUUGAGGCCAAUAAAGGUGGGGCAGUCAUCAUCUUUAAAAGUUGGCCAACAGUGUUUAGCCAUUGGAAAUCCAUUUGGCUUUGAUCACACACUCACUGUCGGGGUUAUUAGUGGACUAAAUCGAGACAUAUUUAGUCAAACUGGAGUCACAAUUGGUGGAGGAGUUCAAACAGAUGCAGCCAUCAAUCCUGGAAACAGUGGAGGUCCUCUGUUGGAUUCUCGUGGGAAUUUAAUUGGGGUUAACACUGCAAUAUAUACUCAGACAGGGACUUCAGCAGGUGUAGGGUUUGCCAUUCCAUCCUUAACCGUGGUAAAGAUAGUGCCUCAGCUGAUCCAAUUUGGAAAAGUUGUGCGAGCUGGUUUAAAUGUUGAUAUUGCUCCAGACCUGAUUGCAAAUCAACUUAAUGUACGAAAUGGAGCUCUGAUUCUGCUGGUUCCUCUGAAUAGUCUGGCAGCCAAAGCUGGUCUUCUUCCCACUACGAGGGGCUUUGCUGGUAAUAUUGUACUAGGGGAUAUCGUCGUGGCAGUGGACAACAAACCUGUUAGGAGUAAAGCAGAAUUGUAUAAAGCAUUAGAUGACUAUAGUAUAGGGGAUAAAGUUGUCCUAAAGAUCCAGAGGGGCAAUGAGAGCUUGGAGCUGCCUAUAAUGCUAGAGGAAAAAGAGUCAUGA